UAGACCUCAGCUUCAUUGUCUUGAGCUGAUCAAUUAGUAAGAACUAAAAGGUAACAGAGGAUAAUGGGAUAUAAGGUGACUGGUUUGGCUAAUUUGAAAUUUCUGGUGAUCCUGAUUAUGAUCUGGUUUUCUGGAUCACAUGCAGUACGUAUACAUGUGCAAGACUGUUGCCUGAAAUAUUCAAAGGGAUCUCUCCCAUUUAUGCGCAUUGCUGGCUAUGUGGAGCAGAAGUCCAAUGAAGCUUGUAGAAUAGAUGCAAUUGUACUGUAUACUGUGAAAGGCCGGUGGGUUUGUGCAGAUCCAAAACAUAUAUGGGUGAAACGUGCACUUCGCUAUUUAAGUGCGAAGCUGGAGAAAAUGUCCCAGAAAAACAAAGUUCUUCAAUCUACAACAGCAAGUGUUAACUGAUAUCCUUAUUACCAUCUUACAAGGUUAUUGUAUAGGUUUUUGCAACAGCUAAAUCUUAAGUGUUUCAAAUUUAUUAAAGCCAUACUGUAGUAUUAGCUGCUGAAAUGACACGUUCAAAUUGUGUAUAUACUGGUUUAGGUAUGAGCAUGGUUUCUGAAAAGUUGAGGCUGCAUUUAAGAUUAAUUUUGAAUAUAUUAGCUUCAAAUAAUGUAUUUCCACAUUCACUGACAAAAUAUUGAUGUGGGGCUUCAAAGAUGCCUUUGAAUGUCGGAGGUGAUGGGUAUUUUGUCUUGUUGGUGAUAGACAUUGCAAAGCAUUUGUGUGGUCUGAAUGUUACAUGCCACUUAUGAGAAUGUCAUCUAGCUCUUACUGAAUGUAAAUAUAAACUGGUUCAUUAUCUGAGGAGCUGAGAAUAAUAUGGAAUAUUCUGUGCAACUAUCAGAGUGCAUCUCAAUCAACGAGAUUUCCUUUGGCUACGUUUGAUCUGAUUGGGCUUCAUGGAGUCUGAAGUUAUUUGACAGCACCUAAUAAAGUCAACAUGGGUUUCACCCAACAGUCUUAUUUCAUUUCUUUAUUGACAUCCUUCCAAAGUAAGUAUCACCUAGGAGUUAGCUGGACAGCAGUGAACCUUCUCUGCAAGGACUAUAGGGCUGAAGCCCUACUCACUGACAGUUGGCAGCCUAACAUACACCAGUAGUUUUAUUGAAUGACAGCACCAGUGGAGAAAAGGUGGUUGCUGCUACUACAACAUUCAUGUGGUGGCGAGAUGGGCAUCAUGGAGGUGGAUGCUGUGGUACACAAAGGGCAAAGGGUAGCUCUAAGUGACCACCAUUCCCCGCAACAUUCCUGAGGCCAGUUUCAUCAAUCUGACACUAAUGUCUUUGAACAGGUUACACCUCCCCAGGUUCCCAAAAGUAGCAUUGCACAACUUUGCCUGUUAUUUUUCCUGGAAGGUCAGCCCCUGCACAUUGCUGGAUUAAUACCACCAACAGCGAGGUGAGCCCCUUCAUUGGAUAAUAAUUGCCCACUUAAGGACUUCCACUGACAUAAGGACAUGACGCUUUCGUGACAUUUCCAUGACAUUUUUCCUCAGAGACUUUAGUGGAAGGGAGGCUGGAAGGUUAUGAAUGUCAAUAGCUGGGAGAAAGUAAGGACUGCAGAUGCUGGGAAUCAGAGUCGGAGAGUGUGGUGCUGGAAAAACAGAGCCAGUCAGGCAGCAUCCAAGCAGCAGGAGCAUAAAUGUUUCAGGCAUAAGCCCUUCAUCAGGAAUGAAACCCUGAAGUGUCGAUUCUCCUGCUCCUCAGAUGCUGUCUAACCGGAUGUCAAUAACUGCCUCUCUCCUGCCUGAUAAAGUGCCUCUGGGAGGAAAUUAAAUUAAAUUAACACACCCAGGGACACACCAACUGGACUACAUACCACUUAGUUGUGAUGGGGGUAGCUUGCUGGUGGUACUGAUGUAACCAAGGAUAGUGAUGAUAGACAGAUGAGUCUGGGGCAUCGGCUAUAUAGUAUGAUUCAGUGAGAAUGACUAUGGGAGGCUGUUGUUUGACUAGUCUAUGAGGCAGUAAAAAGUGAGGUCUGCAGAUGCUGGAGAUCAGAGCUGAAAUGUGUUGCUGGUUAAAGCACAGCAGGUCAGGCAGCAUCCAAGGAACAGGAAAUUCGAAGUUUCGGGCCAGAGCCCUUCAUCAGGAAUGAGGAGAGGGUGCCAGGCAGGCUAAGAUAAAAG